AUGGCCAAGGCCCGUAACCAUGGAGCCCGCCGAGACGACUCCCAUCCGGGCGCUACUCCGGGCCCAAGCGAAGAGGACAGAAGCCUCCUCACCGACGACCCCCUCUCCCACGACUACCAUCAUGAUCGCCAGGCCGGCCAUGCCGCCGGCCAUGCCGCCGGCCCCCGCGACGACUACUUCGUACCCCCAAAACAACAAUCCGCCGCGCCACUCCGUCAAGCCCUCCGGUCCCCGGGGACGCCACGCACCCCGAACCGCGUCCGCUUCGACCCCAUCCCCUCCAUCGUCCAGCCCUCACCGCCCCGGCCCUCGAUGACGAACAGCAAUGGCUCGCGCCCCAGCCGCGACAGCUUCGACGUCGACGACGACGAGAUCUUCCAGCACGCGCCGGGGUACGACGACCACGACGACCACCACCGCCUGCCUCUUCUGACGGACAUCGAGGCGCCCUCCGUUGCGCUCGCCAACAGCCAGUGGGGUGAGGAUGUACACGAAUGGGCAGAGACCGAGCUCAACCGCCCCAAGUCCGGGCUGAAGAUGGCAUUCAUGAACAUGGCGAACUCCAUCAUCGGGGCCGGCAUCAUCGGGCAGCCGUACGCGUUCAAGCAGGCGGGCAUGCUGGGCGGAAUCAUACUGCUGUUGGGGCUCACAAUCGUCGUGGACUGGACCAUCUGCUUGAUUGUGGUCAACAGCAAGCUGUCCGGGAGCAACAGCUUUCAGGGGACGGUGGAGCACUGUUUCGGGCGGACCGGCUUGAUCGCCAUCUCGGUCGCGCAGUGGGCGUUUGCUUUUGGCGGAAUGGUGGCGUUCGGCAUCAUCGUGGGCGACUCAAUACCUCACGUGUUGACGGCCAUUUGGCCUGAUCUGAGGGAGAUGCCCGUGUUGGGUCUCUUGGCAAAUAGGCAGGUUGUUAUUGUCGUUUUCGUGCUGGGCAUCAGCUAUCCGUUGACUUUGUACCGGGACAUCGCCAAGCUGGCCAAGGCGAGCACAUUAGCGCUCAUCAGCAUGGGCGUCAUCGUGGCGACGGUCGUGAUCCAGGGAGCUCUGACUCCAAAGGCGGACCGGGGCUCAUUCACACCUGCUCUCCUGACCGUGAACAGUGGCAUUUUUGAGGCCAUUGGUGUCAUCUCAUUUGGUACGCCGUUCCCCGUUACUCCUCUUCACUCUCCCAAACUAACAAGCCAAGCCUUUGUCUGCCACCACAACUCCCUCCUAAUUUACGGGUCUCUCAAGACCCCCACCAUAGACCGCUUCUCGCGGGUGACGCACUACUCGGUCGGCAUCUCAACGGUCGCCUGCCUCAUCGUCGCGCUCGCCGGCUUCCUCACCUUCGGCGACAAGACGCUCGGCAACGUCCUCAACAACUUCCCGGCCGACAACGUCAUGGUCACCAUCGCGCGCCUCUGUUUCGGUCUCAACAUGCUGACCACCCUACCCCUCGAGGCCUUCGUCUGCCGAGAGGUCAUGUUCAACUACUUCUUCCCCGGCGAGCCCUUCAACAUGAACCUGCACCUCAUUUUUAGUUCUAGCCUGGUCGUCUCCGCCAUGAUCAUGAGCCUGGUGACGUGCGACGUCGGCGCCGUCUUCGAGCUCGUCGGCGCCACCUCGGCGUGCGCGAUCGCGUACAUCCUGCCGCCGUUGUGCUACAUUAAGCUCAGCUCCCGCUCGUGGAAGACGUACGUCGCGGGCGGCAUCGUCGUCUUCGGCACCGUGGUGAUGGUCAUCACCUUGAUUCAGGCAGUCGCCAAGAUGAUUAGCAGUGAGUUUUGGCCCCUGUUUCUCUUCUGUUGUAAGGAUGUUGAUGCUAACGUGACGUCAGACGACAGCGGCCCAGCCAAGUGCAUGUGA